CGCCGCUGCGUUUUGCCUCUGCUCUCCGCGCACAACCGCUGCAUCGACCAGCUCUCUCGCGUAUCGCACAGCGCAGCCAGCCGCUGCUUCAUCACCGCGCUCACCGCGCGUCGCAGUUCCCGGCGCCGUCGAGAAUCGUUCUCGCAGCGCGCACCACUGUUUGCCGAGCGCGCACGGCCCACAAGCAGCCAAACGCCUCUCGCAUCUACCGCAGCCAUGUCCGAUACCGAGGAGGACGACUGGGACGACGCGCCCGAGGACGAGGAGGAGGACGCCGCCGUCUCCGAGCCCGAGGAGGAGGACGACGACGACGACGAGGAAGAAGAGGACGACGGCUCCGACAGCGACGAGGAGGACAACAAGCUGGACGCCGUCGAAGAGAUGACCGGACCGCGCAAGAAAACGGCGCCCAAGCCCGCCGCCGUGGCCGAGGCGCCGAAGAAGCCCGCCGCCAAGCGCGGCUCGGCCGCGUCGGCCAAGAGCGCCAAGAGCGCCGCGUCGGCGGCGUCCAAGCAGAGCGCCCCGAAGAAGCGCAAGUCCGCCGAGUCGUCGAGCGACGAGGAGGAGUCUGACGACGACGACGGCACGGAGCAAGUAUCAAAGCCGCCUCCCAAGAAGAAGCCCUCGCUGACCGACGCGAACGUCAAGAAGGAGGAACCCGAGGUCAAAAAGAAGCUGCCCCAGAAGGGCGACGCGCGCGGCGAGAUCGAGCAUUUGUUGCUGGAAGCCAAUAGGCCCUUCGGCGUGAACGACGUCGUACAGAAGCUCGCGCCGCGCUACGACAAAGGUGUUGUGCAAUCUAUGUUAGAUGCUUUAGAACGGCAGGGCGUCCUGCAGUCGAAGGCCGUCGUCGCCCAACAAAAGGCCUACUGGCCCGACCAGGCCAAAAUAAAAGCGACGUCCAUGGCCGACAUCCGCGACAUGAGCUGCGACGUGAGGGAUGCGAAGUGCGACGCCAAGGAGGCCGACGAGGACGCGUCCAAGCUCGAGCGCCGCGCGGAGCGUUUGCUAGCGGAGCCCGCCAACGAUGCGUUGGAUGCGGCCGUCGCCGCGGCCGAGAAGGAGGCGUCGGACUUGGAGGCGCGCCUCAAGCGCGCGAGCCAGGCGCCGCCCGUCAAACCGCGCGACAUGGUGCGCGCCGUCAAGAAGCACAACGAGCACCGCGGCCUGUGGCUCAAGCGGAAGCGGGCCUUCAAGGAGGUCGUCGAGGUGAUCGCCGAGAACAUGGAUUUGCACCCCAAAAAAUUCAUCGCGGCGGUCGCCGACGCGCAGGACGUCGAGACGGACGAGGACGCCGGUGCGACGCUGCCGCCGCCCGACGCGAUUCCUGUGCCCUCCCUCAAGUAG